AUGAGUCUUCGUGUGUGGGAAGAGGACGGUCAAGUGGUCAUCCCAGUGCAGGUAACAGGGAACUUCACGGACCCAGUGACACUGACCAUCAACACCACGGAUGUCACUGCCAUCUCCCCUGGGGACUUCACUGCCCUCUCCAUUGUGAUUGAUGGGGACCCGGAGGGAGAGGAAACAUUCAAUGUAACAAUUGAAGCUCCCAACCUGACCAGACUCGACCUGACUGUUUGUAUUUCGGAUGAGGAAAUCGGCCAUGACGGUAACUCUCCUCCACAAUUAUCUUCCCCGUUCGAUGAGUCUUCGUGUGUCUGGGAAGAGGACGGUCAAGUGGUCAUCCCAGUACAGGUAACAGGGAACUUCACGGACCCAGUGACACUGACCAUCAACACCACGGAUGUCACUGCCAUCUCCCCUGGGGACUUCACUGCCCUCUCGUCACACACCGUCACUGUGACCCCUCCGGUCCGGGGGACGCUCGUCACAGUUGGGAUCGUGAUUGAUGGGAAUCAAGAGGAAGAGGAAAGUUUCGAAGUGAGAAUUGAAGCUCCUGGACUCAACACACUCGUUGUGACAGUCUGUAUCAGUGAUAAAGAGGUGACCAAAGGUGACCUCCUGAAGCUGAGAGUGCCCAGAAGCAUAUCUGUGUCUGAAAACGAAACCGCUAAGAUUCCAAUAUGGAGGGGACCCUUUGACACAGGCCCUCUGCCCCUGGCUGUGAAGUAUGAGUUUGGCAGCGCCAGAGGGGGCCGGGAUUAUUCAGCUGUCAGCAGGCUGGCGUUUGGGGAGGGAGAAGCAAAGGCAUGGCUGGAGAUCCCAAUACUCAAUGACGAGGUGAAUGAGUCGGGAGAGACGUUCUAUGUGACAUUUAUCGCGGAGGGAUACUUCGAUGAAACCAUGAAUGUCACAAUCCUCGACGAUGAUGGAAAGGACACGGUACUGUUGGACUUCAUCGUGUCUGAUCAGAGGUGUAUCUCUGAAAAUGAAACAACCAUCCAGCUGCAGGUGGGGCGGCCAGCCACAGACACGGGUCCACUGAAUGUCUCUGUACAGUAUGACAACGACAGCGCCGAGGCUGGCAGCGACUUCUCCACAACUACCACCCGCCUGGAGUUUGCUGGACAUGACGAGAAUGUUACGCUGCUGAUUAAUCUGGUCCAGGACGAGGUAAACUACAUGGGGUGGAUGAGACGAGGUAAACUACAUGGGGUUGAUGAGUUUGCUAGAAAUGACGAGAAUGUUACGCUGCUGAUUAAUCUUGUCCAGGACGAGGUAAUUGAGUCACGAGAAGUCUUCUUCAUAACUCUGACCGCCGAGAGGUACUUCAGUAAAACUGUCAAACUCUGCAUUUCUGGAGACACUGGUCAUCUUAUACUCAAGGAGUUCACUGUUGUGGGCAAGGAUUGCUUCUCGGAGGACGAGGAUGUUCCACACCUCCAUGUACUGAGGCCCCAGUGCGACACGGACCCGCUGACUGUGACGGUCGAGUACAGUGACGGCACCGCCAGGGACGGCAGCGACUACACAUCAAACAUCAGGAGUCUGCAGUUCGCUGAAAGGGAGAAACAGUCAACACUGGACAUAUCGAUAUUAAAAGAUAAGAUUUUGGAAUCCAGGGAAGACUUCUCUAUCACACUUCAUGCGGAUGGAUAUAAGAAUGAAACUAUACGGAUCUGCAUCAAAGAUGAUGAUAAUCCUUUGGAGUUCACCAUAUAUGGAGCUAUCUAUGUCCCGGAGUGUCUUGGUGCUAUACGUCUUCACGUCUACAGAUCCCAGCAUGACAGAGGACCACGGAAUGUGACGGUGCUGUAUCUGGACGCAAGUGCCAAGUCUGGAAGCGAUUACCUGACCACUGCGCGUACUCUUGAGUUUUAUGAAAAGGAAAAAUAUGUAAUUCUGGAAAUUCCGAUUGUUGAGGAUCUGAGGAUUGAGUCCAAGGAAACGUUCUUGGUGACACUGUCAGCUGAGCACUAUGCAAACACAACUAUUCACAUCUGUAUAGAAGACGACGACGCUCCUGUGGACUUCGACUGCAACAGGUACGGCGUGAACUGUGCUGCCGGAACAACGUGCCCACCCAACGGCAAAACGUGUGAUUGUUCGGGUGUUUCCGGCAGAAUCGGCCCUGACUGCAGCAUCAUAGCAGAUGACGUCAACGGGACUGGCUGCCAAGACGUGGACUGUGGGAGUGGUGGUCAGUGUGUGUCCGUUAACGACACCGGGCAGUGCCACUGUUAUCCCGCCUUCUACAGCGCUGGAGACAAGGCCUGCCAGAUGAAACGUACCAUCAUAACGUCAUGUGACACCAGCAAGAUGACAGUCUGCAUGAACCCAAUCAACGUAUACCAGCCUCUCAUCACCGUCUCUGGCUACACCUCGACUCAGUGCACGGCCAGGCCAGUUCCCCACCCCGAUGACCCCACAGACAGGAUCCCAGCAGGGGUCAAGGGUCAGUGUAUAACAGUGGAGUUUGAGGGGAACUGCGGGAGAUACCCCUCUGUGCAACGGGAGAAUGACUCAUGUCACACAGUGUUGUACCGUAUACAAUACAAUCCAAUCCUGCUCGCUGCUUCCGACGAAAUCAUAUUUGCGAAGUGUUGCCUUUCUCCAAAUGGCACCGUGUCAUUAUCAUCUGUGUAUGCAGACGUGUCUCAGCAGUACUUCAACAAACAGUUUGAGGAGAAGUUUUAUAAAGCCAAGCUGACUCUCACUCUGGCAAACGAUCUUCCCGUUGUUGGACCGAUACCUCUGAAUCAAGUAUACAGACUGUGUCUCGAGACAACAGCUGGGGGGUUUGCCUAUCUUGGUUUGGUGGGUGUACUCGGGCAUAACGGCGCAUCCGGUGCUUCGCGGAAGGUAGCUGUAACUUACGGCAGUGAUGGCUGUCCAGACGAAUCUGGCAAGUCUCUGGUCCACGUGUUGCCAUGGAGAGAGACCGACACGAAGAUCUGCAUGGACUUCAAGCCUGGUUACUUCACCCCGGGGCCGUCGUCCAUGAUAUACGACAUCACCUACAAACUGUGCCUCGCUGACAGAAAGGAAGACUGCAAUCUGAUCCCGUGCGGCACUACGACCAGACGACGACGCCAGGCUCUCGACGGAAGCGUACAGAAGAAGACAUCAGCUGUUGUGUAUUUCCUCAAAGAAUCCACAGAUGAGGCAGCAGGUAGCGCCUCCGGCAACCGUAUCGGUUGUGAAUGCACUCGAGAGUCGUCCGUGAUGUUCCCCGCCAUCAUCGGGGUCAGCAUGGUCGCCCUGAUGUUGCUCCUGGUCGUCUUCGCCAUGUGUAUCCGCAACACGAGGUUAACAUAAGGUUAACAUAAGGUUAACAAGAGGCUAACACGAGCCUAACACGGUCAGCAGCUACAUCCUCAGGGGACAGUGAAAUCACGUGACGGAAACACAUCGUCAGUUGGUGCCAUGAUGAGUUCCCCAGGACGAAGAUACAGAUAGUGCAUUGCUGACACAGCACAACCACGACAUGUAACUACGACUACAACAAUUAACAAUAACUGUAACAUUAGACACUAGACACUAGACACUAGACCUGCAGUAAUACAUGGAACACUUGUAAAUACAUGACCAAGUUUCACGUUUCUGAAAACACAGGACCAACAUUAAACUGUAUGUAUCUGUAAACACCUGUAUUAGUUUUAAAUCAUUGGUAAUAGCUCGUGCAAUAAAUGAACUACUUCGAA